AUGAAGAAAGAAUUGGUUUUCUUGCUUGUGGCUUCACUGGCACAACUUGUGACGGCAAAUGAAGAAUGGAUGGAAGAGUGCCACAGCAAGAGUGAAAAAAUUGUCAUUCAUCCGGCUGAUGGCAACUGGAAAAACCUUUCGAGUGAUGUGACGUCUCAUCAAUCUUCUGGGGUCCAUCGAAGGCUCACGUGCAUCGCUGAUCCAGACAAUUUUUCGUUUGUUCGAAUAAACAACAUGAUGGAAGCACCGUCCGAGACAAAAACUAUCACUUGUGGAUCGAAGCGUAAAUGGUUGUACAAAGGUGAAGUCGUUGUCUCUGUCGGAUGCUACACGAGCCCACGGGCAGAUUGGAUCCAAAAGUCCGAGGAAGAGGAAAGAAUUCGAAAUUGGAUGGGCGAGCAUCACGGAGCUCAAGAGGAUCAGAAGGAUUGGACAUGGAGCAGCAUCCAGUAUAAACAACAAGCGCAAAUGCGGCGAAUGGCUUCGGAGAUCCAAAGCCUUUUGGUUAACAACUAUAAUGUAAUUAGAAAGCAAGUCGCCGUUCUACCGGCAGACUAUGUGAAUGCUUAUGAGGAAAAACAGGCUUCCUCAGAGGACAACUACUACAUGAGAACGGAUCAAAGCCUGAUGCAAGAGAAGGAAUCAGAAGUUACUUUCAAGACCCUUUCCAAUGGCGAGAACGUCACGACGGGAUCCAAUCGC